UGCACGUGUAAUUGACACAAGGGCUGAUGGAGAAGAGGUGGCGGGUUUCGGAGCUCGGUGUGGAACUCCUCCUGCGGGGAAUGCAACUUCCAAGGCAUGCAAUGAAUUAAAUGCAACGGCGGGGAGGCGGCGGCCGGUUGCAAUCCGCCGAGAGGAGGUGUCUUUUCUCCCCCCCCCCUCCCCCCACCAGAGAGGAGAGAAGCGGGGAAGGGCAGCGCGACGAGGGGAGGGGGGGGGAGGUGGAGGAGGAGGAAAUGAUAUUGUGCAAGCGGGCAAGUUUGCGAGAAUGAGAUGCGCAUUAUCCGCAGUCACAGGGCGGUUCGGAUUUCGGAAAGCCAUGGCCCCGGGACGUGAGCCGAGAUGGCGGAUCCGCAGCCGGAGCGUUUGAGAGCGCAUGUUUGCAGAAGGAUUGCGGAUCUGGGCGCUGCCCGCAGCGGUGCCUCUUGCCCAGCGGAGCCGGCAGCCUCGGUGGGUGUGCGGAUGGGGCUGCAGGGCUUCAGCAGCGAGCCAGCGGCGGCUUGCAGUCCCCCCUGCCGGCUCCUGCGGCCAGCCGCGAGCGUCAGGGGUGAUGGCAUGGGAUCAGGAACAGGCGGAGACAAUGUAUCCACAGGCGCCCAGGUGGCAACAGUAUCCACAGGCGCCCAGGUGGCAACAGUAUCCACAGGCGCCCAGGUGGCAACAGUAUCCACAGGCGCCCAGGUGGCAACAGUAUCCACUGGCGCCCAGAUGGCUACAGUGGGCACCAUGCAUGGUGAGAGUGCACGGCGACUGUACCACCACCACCACCACCGCCCCCCUCGGGACCUCUUGCUCACCCUCGACCCCGUCCUCGGUGCCCUUGACCCCGUCCUCGGUGCCCUCGCCGCUGGCCAGGAGGCCGCGGGCGGCAAUUGCAGGAGGAGAGCCCUGGAGAGCCCGUGCCCAAUGCCAGCCCCUUGCCUGUGGCCGGGCGGGGGCGGCCUUCAGGGGGACGGGGGCGCCUCCCAACCGUGCCCUAAGCGGAAGAGGCUGGAGAACGGGGAGAGCCCCGGCGGCUUGAGCCUGGUCAACGGGCACGGCGAGGAGCCCUGCUCUGGCAAGGAUGCCAAGCGGAAGAAAGUGGAGGUCGAAAACGUGGCGCCUGUGGGAUGCCAGGGCAACGGUGCGAUGGGCAGGGCUGUGCAGGACAUGCAACUGAGAAUCCAAACGCAGGAACUGGUCAACAACUACAUUGUGCCCUGCAUGAACUGCUAUGGCAUCUGCAUUAAAGACAAUUUUCUGGGGGAGGGGCUCGGCAGCAAGGUCCUCCUGGAAGUUCUGAACCUCCAUCAGAACGGGACCUUGAUGGACGGGAAGGUGGUAAGCCCCCUCAGCAUUCCCACCAGGAGCAUCCGGGGUGACAAGAUCGCCUGGGUGGACGGGAAGGAGCAAUCCUGCACCAACAUUGGCCUGCUGAUGGCCAGGAUUGAUGAGCUGAUCAUCUACAGUGCUGGGAGACUGGGGAGCUACAUGAUUAACGGGAGAACCAAGCUUCUGCUCAGAAGGCCUUACAGUUCGCCCAGACCAGUACAACAUAGGGUCCAAAUUGGACAGGUCAACCACCUCAAUGAACAGAUGGGUUGCAUGCAUCGAGCUGCUAUUGGUCGAUUUGACCUCCUGGUCUGCGUUUGCCCAUCGUCUGCCGCCAUCCCACCCCUCGCCACCUGCCUUCAUGGACCAUCCUGCGGCCUCUGAAGAGGACCAUUCAGUUUGCACCGGGCCGAGGGUCAAGUCGGACGGAAUUUAACCCUUCGCUGUCCAUCAUGGGUGAUUGCACGUUGGCAGUGAGAGGAUGGCAUUGUUUGAUUGGGCCUGUUCUGUUUGUUGGUGUGUCCCUCGCCCCUCACAUGCAUAACUCAAGCUGGAUAUGAUUUGGGGGUGGGGGGAAGCAUUGUCCAGACCAUAAACCCAGCCCUCAAGCUUUGGACUCUGUCAAUCCAGCCCCCACCUUCCCCAAAACACCAAAUGGCUUAAAGUGUUGUCUGCCUCCGGAAGGUUUCUCGGUGGACCAGGCCUCUGAGGCUGUGCAGAAUAAGCUGGACUCUCCUGCUUUAUACUGCGCAUCAUAUAGGUUCCACUCCACAUCACCUCUCCAUAUCCCACCCCUCUCCUCCCCCUUGCUGACAGGUCGCAGGGAUUGGACUGAGGGAUGGGAGCCCUAAUACACCGUGUACUCGCUGUUAGCGCAGCACACAGGGUAUUCUGUUCCAAGCUCCUCCUGUGGAACAAUGUCUGAUUUCAGAACAGCCAUGCAAUAUAGUGGAUGUUUUGAAGAUCUGUGCCCUUGCCUUUAAGAGAACAGGUGCAUUGUGGUGCAUCCACCAUCUCUCAACACAACACAACUGCCAUUAUAGAGAAGUGGUUUCAUUGAUUUGACUGAAGGCCAUUGCUCCUUCUAUAUGGCUGUCGCCUUUAUUAUCUUAGAUUGCCAACCUCUGCACCACUGCCCUAAAGACUCCAGGAAUGGGAAGGAUUAAUCCCCGGAACACUGCAACAGCCAGGAGAGAAAUCGUAGCAACGUUAAAA